UAUCCGCCCCAUGCCGGCACCGCCGCCACCUCCGGUACAAGUUGAUGUCCCCGAUCCCCCACCACCAUACGAGAGGAAGCUAAGCAAGAGGGUCCGGGAAAGGCCCAUCGAGCCCGAAGUCAUGCCAUAUCCCGGGUGGAAAGUGUCGCCUCCAUUGGUUGCUCCCCAAGGUGUCGGCCCAAGAUCCCCCCAAGGUGGCGGACCGAGUUCUCCACAAGUUGCCGGCCCGAGUUCCACCCAAACUCCCCACCAAGGCUCGUACUACGAUUCCCGCUCGACCUACCAUCAAACCCCUCCGAGUCCCACUCUGAUCUCAUACAACGAUCCCCGCCAUGGAGCAUACUACGAUCACCGCCCGGUCUACCCCCCAUCUCCCCGCCAAGGAGGUUACUACGAUUACCGCCCGGUCUACCCCCAUCCUCCCGGCCAAUCGAUCAUCGGGUACUUGGCAUGAUGGUUCCUCGGCGACGGCACACCACGAUUUUACGCCAUGGGCUCGCCCUCAUCAGCAGUGGCCUCCUACUACUCACCGUACUUCCGUGGAUGUCCCCCGCUCGACCCCGGAAGUGCCGAUUCCCCGCCGACACAGCACCGACAACCGCCAAACUACCUCGGCCCGAGUUCGAAACUUGCCACCGCCGCCACCGAUUGUUACUCCCGUCGGUCGUCGUACAAGGAGCAAGAAAACCGUGGGAUCGACUGAAGCUCGUGGACUUCCUUGAGCGGAUUUAUGAGAGUUGAAAUUAAUUUCUAUGUAAUUUGAACUAUUCCUAUUAUCAUAGUUUAUCGAAUUGAUUGUUGUUUCAAUUUGGUUUUAUUUCCAUCCCCUUGGAACUAUGCCUUUUAUCUUUAUGUAAUCCCAAUUAGUUCAAUCAACAAUACAGUGGAGAUCAGAGAUUUGAUUGAAAAUUCUGGGUUCUAACCCAACUUCGAGCCAAUGAACGAUAAAAUCAACA